CCAUGAAUCUACUCCCCGCUAUGGGCGUUUCCUGUCUAACUUUUCCUGAAAGGUGUGGCGAUUUUUCUCAAACUGAAAAUCCUGCUUUGACAUUGAUCCUGUCGUUUAGGACUUUCCUCUACAAACUCAACAAUGUCUGCGUGGGGUGACUUGGACCUGCUUUUAGACUCCCCCUCCUCUCUGACUGUGACAUCCAAUACAAGAGGAACUGUGAAGGAAAAGCCAAACUUCAAAGCUGAAGAGGAUGUGUCCGCACUGAGAAAAGCCAUCGAGGGUCUGGGAACAACAGAAAAAACAAUCAUUGAAGUGUUGACCAAAAGAAGCAAUGCUCAGCGCCAGCUUAUUGCUAAGGCCUAUGAGAAAAGCACAGGAAGGAAAUUAGCAGAUGACCUGGAGGGUGAGACCCAUGGAGAUUUUGAGGACUUGUUAGUAGCCUUGGUUACACCUCCUGGUGUGUAUGACUCCCGUGAAGUCAUCAAAGCCAUUAAGGGUGCAGGCACCACAGAAUGCACGCUGACAGAAAUAUUUUCCUCAAGAUCCAACAGACAGAUAAAAGCCCUGUCUGAAGCAUACCAGGCAGAAACUGGAAAAUCUUUGAUUGAUGAUCUGAAGUCAGAGGUGUCUGGAGAUUAUGGCAAAGCACUGUUCAUCUUGGCUGAGGGGAAGAGAGAUGAGAGCACCAAUGUGGAUAAAGCCAAGGCUAAAGCUGAUGCUAAGGUGUUGUAUGAAGCAGGAGAGAAGAAGUGGGGAACCGAUGAGGCCAAGUUCAUCGACGUCCUGUGCCACAGGAGUGUCCCCCAGCUGCGACAGACUCUCAUAGAGUACAAGAACAUCAGCAAAAAGACUCUGCAGGAAAGCAUCGAGGGCGAAAUGUCUGGAGACCUGCAGGAGCUACUAGUGGCUAUUGUUAAAUGUGUGAAGAACGUCCCCGCGUACCUCGCCGAGAGGCUUUUCAAGAGCAUGAAGGGCGCCGGGACCACAGAGUCCGUUUUGACCAGGAUUAUCGUCAGUCGCUCCGAGAUUGAUUUGAUGGACAUCAGAGCCGAGUACAAGAAGCUGUUUGGAUAUUCCCUCUACUCCCAGUUAGAGUCUGAAGUUUCGGGCGAUUACGGCAACGCCCUCAAGACUCUCUGCGGCCAAGAUGACUAAACUUGUCUUCUGAUGAGAAACACAUGGUUUGAAGUGAAGUUUUACUCCUAAGGAGAGUAGGAAAAACUCCCCAUCUAAUGACCGGUCGCUAACCUUUUCAUUCAUCUGAUACAUUGCCUGAACUUUUGAUAAUUGAAUUGUUUUUAAUAUGGAACCAGGCAUUUGUUUCCACUUAAAAGUGGAUGAUUAAAACAAAAACACUUAAGGAGUCUUAACAUCCUUGUUAUAUGAAGAUAAUACUAAUGUCUAAAUGUUGUAACCACAGGUUUCUUAUGCAUUUCAUCGUUUACAGUACCACAAAUUGUCAGAAUAAACGUCAAUGUGCACACAAA